AUGUCGGACUCCAAGGAUAAGGGCAAGGCCCCCAAGCGUCAUGAGGAUGAAUCUGAACAAACCGGUGCUGAUGCCGGCUCAGACACUAGCAAGGGUACCCAGUCUCCGCCCUACAGCCCUCCCGAAACCUUUGCUGAAAUAAUGGAUCAUGAUACAGCUCCCUCCUCCAGCCGCGCUACAAAGAAAAUCCCCACGAAGCUGCUGGAGUCAGCUAUUGAAGCGAACCCGGCUCUGAAGCACGAACUCGCGAGCAUGGACCAGGAAACGGCGGCAAAGACCCUCGCGAAUAUCGACAUCUCGCAAUUGCUGACUGGUCUUUCGUUGGGCAAUGGGAAGAACCAGAAGGAUAUGGCCUCUUACAAAUUCUGGCAGACACAGCCCGUUCCUCGAUUUGAUGAUCAAGCGAACCCGACCCCCGUUGCUCAAGGACCGAUCAAGAUGAUUGACCCCGAGAAGGUCUCGAAGACGCCGGAUCCGUUGCUUGAUGGAUUUGAGUGGUGCACGCUUGAUUUGACGAACGAGACCGAGCUGCGGGAGCUCUACGAGCUGCUGAAUAACCACUACGUGGAGGAUGAUAAUGCCAUGUUCCGAUUCGCUUACUCGGAGUCGUUCUUGCACUGGGCCCUGAUGUCUCCUGGCUGGAAGAAGGAAUGGCACAUCGGUGUCCGGGCGACCAAGUCUCGCAAAUUGGUCGCGUCGAUCUGCGGUGUCCCGACGGAAAUCCGUGUCCGUGGAGAGCGUAUUAAGGUGACCGAAAUUAACUUCCUUUGUAUCCACAAGAAGCUGCGCUCCAAGCGUUUGGCCCCCGUUCUCAUCAAGGAGAUUACUCGUCGCUGCUAUGUCAACGGGAUCUUCCAGGCUAUCUAUACUGGUGGUGUCAUCCUGCCCACUCCCGUCAGCUCCUGCCGAUACUACCAUCGCGCACUGGACUGGCUGAAGCUGUAUGAGGUUGGUUUCUCGCCUCUCCCGCAUGGCUCGACAAAGGCCCGCCAGAUUACAAGGAACCAUCUGCCUUCGGCUACCUCGACUCCCGGCCUGCGGCCAAUGGAGUCCAAAGACAUUGAUGCGGUCCAUGAUCUUCUAGAGCGAUAUCUGCUCCGUUUCGACAUGAACCAGGCUUUCACCCGCGAAGAGAUUGACCACUGGCUGGUAUACAAGCCACAGGUCGAUAAGGAGCAGGUCGUUUGGGCAUAUGUGGUAGAGGAUCCGGAAACAAAGAAGAUCACCGAUUUCGUCUCCUUCUACAACCUGGAGUCGACUGUCAUCGAUAACGACAAGCACGGAGUUGUCCGGGCUGCUUACCUCUACUACUACGCAUCCGAAACCGCGUUCAAUGACAACGCGAAGGCACUUAAGGCUCGCCUACAGGUGCUGAUGAACGAUGCGCUUAUUUGCGCCCGUCAGGCCAACUUUGACGUCUUCAACGCGCUCACCUCCCACGACAACCCCAUGUUCCUUGAGCAGCUCAAGUUUGGUGCUGGUGAUGGCCAGCUUCACUUCUACCUGUACAAUUACCGUACGCCUGCUAUUCCCGGAGGUAUUAACGACAAGAACUUGCCUGAUGAGAAGAAGAUGGGCGGCGUGGGUAUCGUUAUGCUGUAA